AAGCAUUUGUCUGUCAGCCAAAUCGAUCAUAUUAUGGAUGCAAAUACAGGACUAUUCAAGAUGAAGAAAUUUGUGUCUGAUGCUUCGACGGUUUUUAAUCGUGCAGUCCAGUUCACAGAGGAAAAGUUAGGAUCUGCAGAGAAAACAGAGCUGGAUGCACACUUUGAAAAUCUCCUCCAGAGGGCUGAUAAAACCAAAUUAUGGACAGAAAAAAUCCUUAAACAGACAGAAUGUGUGUUACAACCCAACCCAAAUAUACGAUUGGAAGAAUUUGUGUAUGAAAAAUUAGACAAAAAGAAGCGAGACCGAGUGAACCACCAUGAGGUGUUAGGACAUGUGUUAGUGGACGGGGGCAAUGACUUCGGUCCUGGCACAACUUACGGUAAUGCCCUAGUUAAGACCGGUCAAGCCCAGCUAAGGAUAGGGAAUGCAGAGAGAGAAUUUAUACAAGCCACAGCUAACAAUUUCUUACAACCUCUUCACAAUUUUUUGGAGGGGGACAUGAAAACUAUACAGAAAGAGAAGAAAAUUCUGGAGACAAAACGAUUAGACUUGGAUGCAUCCAAGAACAAGCUCCGUAAAGCAAAGUCCUCAUCACAACCACAGUCCUCUCAGAAUUCCUCCCAGAAUGUGUUGAUGAUGGUCGAGGAAGAAAACCCUGUCAGGUUUCACCUUGAUGAUGCAGUGGCUCGAGCCGAGGCAGAAUUGCGAGUGGCCCAGGCGGAGUUCGACAGACAAGCAGAGAUAACACGAUUACUGUUGGAGGGAGUCAGCAGCGCUCAUGCCCAUCAUCUGCGCUGCUUAAAUGAUUUCAUUGAGGCCCAGUUAACGUACUAUGCUCAGUGCCAACAGUAUAUAUCUGACUUGCAGCACCAACUUGGAAGUUAUUCUCAAGCUGUGGGUGUCGGGAACAGCUCCUCCAACUCCUCGGGGGCAGGUAUAUCCUCCAGUAUCCCCUCUUCUGUCCCCCUGCAACCCUCUGCACCGCCCCAGAUCAAUGUCAUAGCGGCCACACCCAAUAUAGAGAAAAAACAGGCCCGCGUUCUGUAUGACUAUGACGCUGCAGAUAGCUCUGAACUUACCUUAUUAGCUGACGAACUCAUAACAGUUUACAGAACCCCAGGGAUGGACCCUGAUUGGUUGAUGGCAGAAAGAGGGUCCCAAAAGGGAAAAGUUCCUACUACAUAUCUUGAAGUAUUAGAAUGAUACUGAACCAGCAAAAUAUUAGCAUGACCAUAAGAUCUUUUUUAUGUGAGAUUUUAAUUGACUUUGAAUGUUGCAAUAUGUCAUUGUUGAACUUUUUGAUAUGUAGGCUCUUACCUGUUUAUUUUAAGGUUAUCUGUUAUAUACCACAUAAAUUAUCUGCAGAAUAUUGUUAUAUGAUUUAAUAUACACAAAACAUUCUAUUCCACACCUAUGGUAGUUGUUAUACAUUUCUUUUUUGUCUAAUUGUAUAAAGAUUAGCACAAUGUUUUGACAAAAGAUUAUAGUACCAUAUUGUAUAUUUUAUAUUUCCCACUCUGUGAAAUUGGGGGAAAAAAAUGAGCGAAUGGGUUUCAGAUUUUGAAACAUUUCAUUAUAGUACCUGUACACAUUAAACAUUAUCCAUACAAUAUUUACAAAUCAAUUAUACAUAGACAGUUAUGUGUACUGUAUUUAUAGAAAUGUGUUUUUAUUGAACAUUGACAUGUAAUGUACAAUUUUAUGUUUCAUUUAUGUACAUGAAAUUACAUGUACAAGUUUUAUCUUAUAGAUAAAGCUAUUUUUUUUCUGAUCCAACUUCUUUGUGAGUGAAAACUUCUCAAAUGAAUUUCAUGCAAAGAGUUUAAAAUAAAAUUAACUAUUUUUUGAGUUAUAUUCAUUGAUGGAAUAUUCAUACUGUAUAAGUUUGCAUAAAAUUCAUAUGAGAAAGUUUCAUCUGUAUCUAUUUAUUUGUUUUUUUUUUUCUCCCAACAUUUUAUAUAAACAAUGAGAAGUUUUAAUGAUUUAAACACACAUGUAGAAAAUGUAUUUCUUAAGAAGAAAUUUUUUAAUGAAAAUUCAUAAGCCUGUUUUUUUUGUGUGUGUGUUCAUGGUAUGGAGUUUAAGUUGAGGUUUGAAAAAUGUUUAAAAUUUUGAAGAGCUUUGUUUGGACAUGCUAAAUUAUCAUUCUCUUACAAUAGUUAAUUUUUUUAUUGUUCUUGGUAGUGAGUGUUGAAAUGAGGAAUUUUCCUCCAUAGAUAAACCAGUGAAGACAGCACACAAACCUCAGGCAAUUAUAAACUGCCCUCCAUUGUGUUAAGUCGUGGCCACUGUUAAAAUAUUUUUUUUUUUUUUUUUUUUUAGAAAUUAGGUAAUUUAAAGUGAAUUGCAGUAUUAUACUGGGUAUUUGUUUGGCUGUAAACUGUUUAGUAUUAUUUACAAUUGUUAGAUUUAAAUGAAGAGCUAUGUAGCAACUGCUAAUGAUAAAACGCAAAGCAAUGCUUUAUGGUAAUCUUGUAAAUUAUUUAUUAAUAGUUGGCAUUCUCAGGUCAACUAUUAAUGCAAUAAUUUAUCCCAAUAAGCAUUGUGGUUGCAACACUUAAUGAUAUUUCUAUCAUUAAAUGACAUUUUAUCAUUAGUGGUUGCUACAGAGCUAUUUAUGAGAAAAACUUGUAAUUCUAGAGGGAUUUUCUUGAAUAGACUUUACUGUCGUUAAUGUAUAACAGUAUAUCAAAUAGUAGUUUUACCAGAAGAGAAAUAUUCCUUUUUGCUUUAAACCCAAUUAGAAAAUAAUUUUGAUUCAUGAUUUAUUUUAUUCCUUCUAAACACAAACUGAUCUGGUUUAUGGGGCAUUUUUCACAGAUUUCAUGAAGUUCAUCCUUCGUCAAAGUUUCAUGAACCAUUUUGUUGUAAGAAAAUACCCGUUGUUUCACCAAAUUUUAUUGAAUUUUGUUAUUAUAGAUAUUAAACCAUAUACACUGUACCAAUAUGCUAAACACAAAAUCGAAAAUGAGUAGUAGCUCACCUUUUGCGCAAUUUUUUGAGAAGUAUAAAAAAUAUUUGACAGCCUUGCGGAUUAUCUUGUCACGGUUUACAAUGUAGUUUGUGUUGAAUAUGUAUGUAGCUUUGGGUGAAAAGAAAAUCAGUAUUGUAUCAAACCUGCAGACGUUUGUUUCAUUUGAUGAAAACAUUCAUUUUAAAAUAAAAAGCCAUUUAUAUAAAGCUA